AAGUGGGACCCAAGAGGGGACCCAACAUGAUACUCUGUUAAAUGCCUUUCUGAGAUAUCGGUGUGAAGAUCUGCAUCAGGGUGGAUUCGAACCGCCGAUACCGGCUGUUAUCCAUCUGGGCCACACACGCUACCCACUAGACCAUUGCAAUACAUCGGACGGAGCGGAGCGCUAGUCCUGAAGAGCCGCUCUGCCCCCACCACCGACGCGAGCGUCGACGAACUCGGGAGCCAAUCAGCGCAGCGACGUGACCCCACCAUCGGCACGAAGUGACCCGCACGACGAAGCAACAGUGCGAACAGGGUAGCCAACCCAGUGAAAACAAUAGCCAUUCAUGCGGAUCAAUCGCACUCGAUAUGAACGCACCGAGGCAAUGCGUGCUGGAAUGCAUAACACGCGGGCCGUUGCCCGGUCAAGCCUCACGGUCAGUCGGCACUUGACAGCCAGGAGACGCAGACAUGGCACUUGCUUGGUUAAGUCGGCAGCCAUGGUACAACAAAUUCAAGCAGACAGCUGUCAAACAGCCGGUGAUUGUUUACAUUGAAGGAAACAUAGGAGUUGGCAAGUCAACGUUACUGAAGAAAUUGGAAGAAAAAGGAUACCUUGUAGUGCAAGAACCAGUUUCCCAGUGGACAAACUAUCAUGGGAUUAAUUUCCUGGAAUUGUACACUCAAGAUAUGCAAAAGUGGGCGUUUACCUUUCAAUCAAUGGUGCUCAGUACAUUGUGGCAGACUCAACUAGAAGCUAUACAACAAGAAAAUCCUGUCAUCAUCGCAGAGCGAUCUCUACAUAGUGUGGUCAAGAUGUUCGCUAAAACGCAGAAAGACGCUGGAUUUAUGAACGAAGAGCAGUAUAUAUUGCUUGACAACACAGCCAAGACUAUGGUAUCUCAGUACAAGAGAAAGGAAUACUUCAUAUAUCUUCGAGGCAGUGCAUCGACAGCCUACAAAAGGAUCCAUCAAAGGGCAAGGGAUGAAGAGAGCACAUUGUCCAAAGGUUACAUCCAACAGCUUCAUCUGAUUCUGGACAACUGGAUGGAGAACGAACCAGGACUUCAUGCAGUAGUGGAUGCCACAGGAUCUCCAGAGACUGUGCAACAACAAGUCAUCGAGGCCUUGGGACAAUUACCAAGUUAAGUGUGGUAAAACAUUGGUGUUAAUUAGUCUUCUUAGAUCAAAACUGGUGUUUUAGAUAGGAUUUAGCUAGCUAGUCAGGAUUUGCAACACCAAGGCAUCAUCCCCAACUGUUAGUUAGAGGGGAUUAGGUUACAAAAUUCUGUGCGCAGUGUUAUGUGUGUUACAGGAGAAUCUACGAGAACUCUUCUAGAAUUGUCUUCUAGAGUCAACAAGACCAGCACAGCAAGAUUAAUCAAUUUCUGUAAAAUUCCUUUAUUUUAAAAUGAUCAGGCUAAAUGGUUGCACCCCAGGAUGGCGUCCCUAACUAGUUUUUGGACGUGCCAUGGGAGUCGCUGUUGAACCACUCUUUAAGAGGAUCAUGAAUUUUGUUUGAUCGUUGAUGGCGUGUCAAGGAAGGACUGGACACCCUUACCUUGAGUCAGAUGGGCCUAGACGUGAUAUUGUUUUCAGCUCAACACUCAAGAUGACGCAGAAAAAUUUAAUUGAAUGUCAAAGUUUGGGCAACUUAUAAUUUUCUUUAAAAGAAGGAGUGGAGUGAUAACUUUAAAAGGAGGAGAAGUGAUAACUUUAAAAGGAGGAGAAGUGAUAACUUUAAAAGGAGGAGAAGUGAUAACUUUAAAAGGAGGAGAAGUGAUAACUUUGAAGGAAAGGAAGCAAUUUGAGAAAAUUCUUUUAAAGGGGGAGUGGUGUAGAGAUUUGACGGUUUAAAAGGAGCUAAACAAGUGUCAGUCAGUAUUUUUAUUUCUUGUCUUCUUCCCCUCUCUGGCUUGCUUCCCUCACUCCUGGCCAAGGCCCUACAAUACUCCUCUUUCUGAACUCACCCACCAAGCAAGGUGUCACUGUUGCCCAGACUAUAAAUUGGAUCGCGCCUCAGCGCCGGUCAACAGUCUGUAGCCUGGUCUCGGUCUGUGCAAACCUCCCUAAUAAACCUGUGAAUCCCUACUCUCUCUCGUCACUUAUCCGUUCCUCAUCACUAUUAGUGCCCUAC